UACUACUUAAAAACUUGAGCGCAAAGCAGAAACAAUCCAUUCUGGCCAUAUUCCCUGUAAAGUAAAUGAAAGCGGCAAGACGGGAGCCUCUGAGCGGACAGCUUGGACCAAGUAUAACAGGCAGAAAAUUCCUCCAGCUAUCUGGCAGAUAAUUCCUGAACGGUAACAACAGCCAUGGAAAUGAAUAGCGGUUUAAACAGUCUGAAGGUGUAGGAACAACCCCGCCGCGUUCUUUGCCGCACCUUCGCUCCAUGCAGCAGGGGGAAAACAAGCCUCGUGUCUGGCCAUGGGUGCCGUCGGAUGUGCAUCCCUCGGAAAUCCCCCCGUGCUGCCCCGGGUGAGCAGCCGCUGACGGGGAGCUCGUGGCAUUAUUCACCCACUGUUAUCCAUGGGUGCCGGCAUCCAGCACCCCGUAUCCCCCGGGCAAGCGACGGGAGGCUCAGGAAAAUAGCCGCGUCGUUCCCUGCAGGGAACAACCCCAGAGGAGCAACAAGCGGUGCCCCCCCUUUGCAGGCGUUUGCCAGAAAGAAUAAGCACGUGCCUGAAUAGAAAGAAGAAGAAAUAAAAGAAUUCUUGGAGCUCGUCUUCGGGGUGCAGCAGGGUGAACGGCAUGUUUUAUUCAGCGAGGAGCAGCUGCACUACCUGGAGCAGAAAUUCAGCUUGUCGAGGCCUAAUCUAGUGAGGUGCUUCCAAGUACAGCUGUACUGGAGGAGUUACUACCAGGUGCGGCCCUGCAGCGACGAAGCCACCAGCCUCAGGCUCCGCCUUGGACCGCGGCCGCCCUGCGUUUCCCACGCUGCUCGGGAGGAGCUGGGAUGGAUGACGAGGAGCUGGGGUGGAUGACGAGGAGCUGGGAUGGACAACGACCAUCAACCAUCGCUCUGCCACAGCAGCACCCGGCCGUCCUUACGGUCUCUGCGGGUCCUUAAAGCCACCUGGGAAUGCUUGUUUUUCGCUCUCUGGCCACGUGGGAAGUUUAUUCCCGCAGAGGUGACUUCUCCUGCCGUGCGGAUGGAGCAUCCCAGGUGUCCCCCUGUUUGGAUAUUCCCAAACGGCGCCAGCUCCGGGGCAGCCCGGACGUGGUAAAGCUUCCGCCUGGGCUCCGCUCUCAGCAUUGCUUCUCAGCGCAGAAAGGUCUCCGUAUCCAGCGUUUGAUAGCCUCAGCCCCCGAAGGAGCCAUAAAAAGGAGCCACUUCGAUAACAACCUCGCUGGCAUCGUUCGGCGGAGCUGCGCUGAGGUUUCAGCCGUCGGGAAGCCUUCAGAGACGUGCGACGACGGGUCGGCGCUGCCCAGGCAUCCCUCCGAGGCCGGGAGCGGGGAAGAGACGCAGGUCCCUGGCUAUGGACAAAACCCACCGGGUCCCCGAGGAGCCACUCGCAGAGCCUUAAAGCUGAAAAACCUUUUUCCCCGCCACCUGGCCGUUACCCCCCCGAUCCAGGACGACAUCUCUUCUGGCCUGGAUGCUGCUGGAGGCAAAGUCUGCUGCUGAUUCCACGUGGGCAUGUCACCUGCCCUAAUGGGGCUGGGGUAAAGGCUUCCGAAACGCCACCUCCGUGGACCCAUUACAAUAAUUAUAAUGAUUGUGCAGGGUGCCAAAUGUCCUUGACGUCCACAGAGUUCAGCUCUUGAGCAACAGCCAUUAAAAUUAAUGCCUUUGGGAGGCUUUUUCCAAACAUUUCUUUGGUGGGCUCAUGCUGCUGCCGCUUCUCUCAGGUGGAUUUUCACGCUGGUAAGAACACAAUGAAAAGAGUGAAUUUAAUAGAGGAAAAACCUGCACGGAAAGCUAGUAAUGCUACAAAGCAUUGUGAUAUUCCCGCAUCUUCUGAGA